AUGGUUCUUGCUUCGUUCUUGUUGGGCCUUGCCGCUUGCUCAGCUCUGGUUAAUGCCAGUGUCAAGGAAGGUAUCUUUGAUAAGAUUCUCUCUAUUACUCCACCAGAGGACUCCUUGCCGGAAACUCCCAGCUGGUCUGCUACUGUUGAAUGGUCGUUUGAUGAGAAGAAUGGUGUGAAAGCAGGUGAUACUUUUGUUCUCCACAUGCCUUAUGUGUACAAGUUCACUUCAGGCACCAGAGCAGUGGAUCUUGUUGCAGACUCAGUCACUUUUGCAAACUGUGACUUAUUCUCGGGUGAUAACGUGGUGGCCUACUCUGAGCUCAAAUGUACUGCUACUUCGGCUUGUGAGAAAGUCAAUUCCGCCAAGGGUACCGUGGAGUUUCCUUUUACCUUUAAUGCUGGUCUGUCGAGUGAUAAAGCCACCUUAGAAGCCUCUACUGUGUGGCAUGCCGGUUCGAAUGUGGUCAAGUGGACUGAUGGAAGUAAGGAACUUCACUCUGAGGUCUACUUCGACGAAGGUAACCCUUACUUGUUUAGUGGAAGCGUCGAACACGGGGUCUACUGGUUGAGAAAGGCCGUUAUGCGUAACACCAACCAGCACCUUGUCUUGGGUCCAUCUUGUGACUGCGACGGUAUGUCUGGUUACAUUGAAAUCCAGAACCCUGACUAUGGUGUUGAGCUUGACUGUCUGUCGGUCGUUGGAACCAUCACCAAGCAAAUCAACGACUUCUACUUCCCAGAGUCUGCAGAAUCCUGUUCUGUCCACGUCGACGAGUGCUGUGCUACGAGAAUUAGAGUCUCUUUUGAUAACAUCCCAUCGGGCUUCCGUCCAUACAUUAAUGUGGACAGUGCUAUUCCUCAUUAUGAUUUUAAUUCGAGAAACCAAUACUCUUACGGAUUCUCUUGCGGUGGUAUAGAAUUGUGUGACAGCUUGUGGACUAACUGGUACAUGUACAAGGAUGGAGAGACUGGAGGUGAUGGAGAGUUCAACAGCAUUGUUGUUACCACAGUCACAGACUCCAGUGCUUCUACUACUGGUUUGACUACUAUCACUGGUCCCUCGACCAACACCAUCGUCGUCACUGUUCCUGGUAUCACUCCGUCUGAGACUUCCUCGUAUGACAUUACUCUGUCCUGGGAGACGUCCUUUUCUGAGACCACCCUGUGGGAGGAGUCUUCAUACUCUCAGAGCACUGAUUCUGUCAUUGAGUCUGAGCACUCAUCUUGGUCUGAAUAUUCCUCGACGUCAGAAUAUUCUUCUUCUUGGUCUGAGCAUUUCUCAUCUUACACUGGCUACAACAGCUCUUUUAGUGUUGGAACUUCCACCUCAAAGACUCAAUCGUUGCCCACCACUUUGGUGAUAGGUUCGACCACCGAGUCAAUUAUUUCGUCCACUACAGUUUCGGAUACUACGACCUUCGUUUCCUCUUCAACAGGCUUCUCAGAAUCAACCGGCCACUCGUCUUCUAAUUCAAAGUCUAUCCCCGAAGUACCCACCAACUAUCCUAGCGUCUCCUCUAGAGUCUCUACGGGAGUCUCUACGGGAGUGUCUACGGGAGUGUCUACUGGAGUGUCUACUGGAGUGUCAACUGGAGUGUCUACUGGAAUCUUUACUAGGGCCUCUUCUGACCUUUCAUCCAGCAUCUCAAGUGAUUUGACUGAGUCUCCUUCAACUUUCUACACCACCGUCACUUCAACAUGGACCAACUCCAUUACUUCAACCGAGACACACACGGCGCCUUCUAAAGACACUGUCACAGUUGUUGUAGAGGUUCCAAGCGAAAGCGUUCCUUGCACGACAAUCACGUCCACUUGGACUGGCACAACCACCGCUUACACCACUGUGUGUGUUUCUGACGAGACCACUGUGAUUGUCCAGGUCCCUACCACGACCACCACUACUGUAGAGGAAUCAGGAGCUGGCCACACCACUCCUCACGUUCCUGAGCUGACCGGUCAAACCUUAAAGGUGCCUGUUACACUGAGCUCUACUAUAGUUGCUUCCCAUGAUGAAAGCACCAACGGUGGUUCUGACAGGACCCUUACGGCUGUCACUUCUUCCACUACAAUUGUGAAUGUGCCACAGUCGAUUAGAUCCAACGAAAAUCUCCACUCUUCGAACCCAGGGGCUCCACAGCAGCCUGCUGCUUCUACUGAAUCUGGGGCCGAACAUCACAAGACUUUGAACCCUAAUCAGCCUGAAGGUGGUAACAAUGACAGUACUUAUGUCGUCCAUGGUGGAAAAGAGUCAAGUACAACUGUUGCAGAGGGAGUCAACAACCCAACUCCUUCAAAUGUUGAGUACCCCUCUGCUUCUUCAUUGGUCCAAUCUCCAGGGAAUGAUCAUCUCACUGCUUCUCCAUCAUUGUUUACUACCUCAGCUGUGCAAGUGGCAUCCAGCUCACUGCCCGCUAGCUACGUAGUAUCGACUUAUGAAGGUUUGGCUGCCGGCUCCACUGCAAGCUUUUCUGUUGUUUUGUUGACGAUUUUCUAUCUUUUCGUUUGA